UAGUAAUAGUGACCCCCUCCCCCACGCCCUAUAGACAGUGUAAAUAUAAGAGGAGCUCCGCUGACAGCAGAGGGAUCAUCCUAGAGAAUGGAGCUGCCACCGCCGCCCCGCACUCCUCUGCGCAGAAAGUACCUUUAGAUCCCUGACAUGGAAGACGAGAAGCAAGAGGUACAGCGUAGACCCUGUGGUGGGGCCUGUCAUGCCAAUGAGAUCCUACACAGCCUAAACAAAGACAGACAGAGCGGCUUAUUUACAGAUGUCAUCCUUCGAGUCGAUGGUCAGAGCUUCUUCUGCCACAAAGUCAUCCUGUCUUCUGCAAGUUCUUACUUUAGAGCCAUGUUUACCAGUGGUCUUAAGGAGAGUAGUGACCAUGUGGUGGAACUUCAUGACAUCUGCCCUUCAGUGAUGUCCCUGGUCCUGGACUUCAUGUACCGAGGCAGGAUUUCCAUACAAGAAGACAAUGUAGAGGACAUCUUGCAGGCUUCGGAUCGGCUCCACCUCUGCAGUCUUCGAGACGAGUGUGUGAAGUUUCUCGACUGCCAUCUAGACCCUUACAACUGUGUUGGCAUCAUGAAGUUUGCAGACAUGUUCUCCAUCACUUCACUGUCUGAGAAGAGUAAGAGGAUGAUGGUGGAAGGUUUUGAGGAAGUCUCCCGCCAUGAGGAGUUCUUAAAAUUGAGUAAGGAGGAACUGGUGGAGUAUUUGUCCAACGAUGACCUAGCAGUGAGUAAGGAAGAAGUGGUCUAUGAAGCUGUCAUGAGGUGGGUGAAGGAUGGGGAAGGUCAAGGAAGAGCAGCUCUGAAGGACCUUUUGGAACAUGUGAGAUUACCCUUGCUGGACGUGACUUAUUUUCUUGAGAAGGUGGAAAUGGACAAGACCAUCCAAGAAUGUUCUGAGUGCUUCCCUCUACUUCAUGAAACUCGGAUUUAUCACAUUCUUGGAGACACAACGAAUUCUCGAAGCGUGAGACCAAGAAGGUUCAUGGACGUGUCGGAGAUCAUUAUUGUUAUUGGCGGCUGCGACAAGAAAGGAAACCUAAAGUUACCGUACAUAGAUAGGUAUGAUCCCCGGACGGGGCAGUGGACGGCGCUCUCCAUGUUUCCCGGAUUCACUAAGUCUGAGACGGCUCUGUGCACCCUGAAGAAUAACAUUUAUGUCUCCGGAGGUCAUAUAAACAGCCGCCAUGUCUGGAUGCUCAACAUUCAGAUUAACAGCUGGGUAAAGAUGGCGUCAUUGAACGCAAAGCGGUGGAGGCACGGCAUGGUCACCUUAAAGGGACAGAUUUACGCUGUCGGUGGAUUUGACGGUGCGAAGAGGUUGUCCACGGUGGAGCGGUACGACUCGUUCACUAACGUCUGGUCUCCUGUGGCCCCCAUGUUGGAAGCUGUGAGCUCGGCGGCGGUAGUCUCCUGCCUGAACAAGCUCUAUGUCAUUGGCGGAGCUGUGGAGGAUUAUGGGAACACAGAUAAGGUCCAAUGUUACCGCCCUGAGGAGGAUAAAUGGACCUACGUGUCUCCGGCCCCUUUCUCUAAGGGCGGCAUCAGUGGAGUCGAAAUUGACGGGACUAUCUACGUUGUCGGGGGACUAACGAGCACGAUCUUCAGCUACCGACCAAGUACAGACCGGUGGAGUGAGGAGGUGGCUUUACCAGAACCCCUGGAAAGCUGCGGUGUGGCGGUCUAUGGGGGAAAGCUCUACAUAAUGGGAGGCAGAGGUGAAAACGGAGAAGCCACGGACAGAUGUUUAGUGUUUGAUCCCGAGACCAAGCAAGUUUCUGAAGAUCGACCAUUACUCCGGUCAACUAGCCAUCAUGGCUGCGUCACCGUCCUCCAGAAACUGAGGAUGUGAUUAAACGUCAGACCUUAAUUCUUAGUGUCGGGCCCUAAAGGCAGAGAACAAAGAAGGAGGGGAUAUAAGAUACCUGUUGGCGGAUAAACUGAUGACUAGCAAGACAUGGAUACUGCUCACUAUGGAUACAACAAGGAUGGACGCUCCUCGAGGGGGGGAGGGGAUGAUCAGGGGGUGGAGCAAAUUAGAGCAUGCAACGUGGUCCAUGCCCUACAGCGCUGCAUUGUGUGCAGAUUCAUUUAGUAAAAUAUCUUUAUAUGGAUCGGACCUCCAUUUUUCUGAUAAAGAACUCCAAAUUCCCUACACAGCUAUGGAACUGAAUGAUAAAAUGCUGACUGCUUGCAGCCACCACUAGAUGGAGCUCAUGAGCUUAUUGCAUGUGAUUUAUAUAGUCACCACUAGAGGGAGCUCAGGAGCUUACUGCAUGUGAUGUAUACAACCACCACUAGAGGGAGCGCAGGAGCUUACUACAUGUGAUGUAUACAACCACCACUAGAGAAGCUCAGGAGCUUACUGCAUGUGAUGUAUAUAGCCACCACUAGAGGGAGCGCAGGAGCUUACUGCAUGUGAUCUAUACAGCCACCACUAGAGGGAGCGCAGGAGCUUACUACAUGUGAUGUAUACAACCACCACUAGAGAAGCUCAG